GUUGUGUAGCGGAAAAUUGUACCAACUCAAGUAAGAAGGGAGUAAAAAUGUGUUUUUUUCCUUCGGAUCCAGUCAGAAGAGCAGUUUGGGUAGCCAAUGUUAGACGACAAAACUGGCUCCCAAAUAAAUAUUCGGCAUUGUGUGAGUAUCAUUUUGGAGUUGAUGCAUUUGAAAAGGUACGAGUAGAUGGAACCAAGAAGUUAAGAUCAAAUGCAAUCACAACAAUUUUUGGUGAGCUUGACAUUCAGAUACCGAAUCAACAGAAAAAAACCGGAAACAGAUAUAGAAGUUGCUCUGAGAAAACUAGUGUCGCAACAUGCUGCAUGAGAAAUUAUUCUUCAGUACCUACACACAAAUGUCAAGAUCAAGAAUUUGUUUCAAUCAAUACAUUUCAUGAAAGGCACAUACCUGUAAAGGAGCAAAACAUAAUGAUUUCUGUACAGAAAUCUGUAGAUGCUGUUCAUAAAAGUAGUGAAGAAAACAAAAAUUAUCUUCAAGAAGAAAGAAAUAUUUCAGCAGCGCCAACUAUCGUUAAUACAUGUACUGAAGAAAAUUCUUUGACAAAGAAGUAAAACUGCAAAAUCAUGCUACAACUGUACACUUCAUGCAGAGAAUCUUAAUGCUCCGAAGCAUUUGUUGAUUGGUUAAUUAGUAAAAUUCAUUCUUCCGAUUGAUCAAUCAAAUGCUUCGAAGCAUUCGUAGCUGUAACUC